AUGCCAAAUGUAGUUGGUGUGCAUGAUGGGUUUGAUGGAGCCGGUGAUAAUUGUCUAUUUCAUCAACAAGCCUCAAUGAUUCAUACUGAACAUGUUCCUAAUUUAGAUGCUUUUUUAGAUGAUGUGGUUGUUGGAAUUGAUAAAAUGGGUAGUUUGUGCAAUUCUGUCUCCAAAACCCCUACUCUUGAUGACAUUGAAUUGCCUGCAUAUAGCGAGACCCAGAUUGUUGCGAUUGAAAACAGUUACUAUUCUAACAAUGUCACUCCUGAACAACAGCCAAGACUCAGAAAGACUGGAAAAUACAAAUCAUCUCCGUAUGUUGGUUUUAGUUCAGCUGGCAGCAGCUCGAGUAAAUCACCUAUAUAUUUCAAAAUAAAACAUCCUUUUGCAAAUUACAAUGGUUUCGAAGUUGAUGAUGCACUGCUCAAUGAAUUUACAUCUUGGGUAUAUGCUAAAGUCUCUAAACGGAAGAACAGGUAUGUAUAA